CCACAUCUUUUUUUCUCUCCCCCUCAACCACUCCAUUUAAGUCGCCCUCCGCUUCCAACUCGUGUUUUUGCGUUGGAACGCGCAAGCUCUGCACCAACCAGCGAGCGCGAUCAACUGCACUGAGCAGUCUUCACUAUGAGAGUGGAAUCGGCAAUCGCGUUGUGUUUCCUCGGCAUUGUAGGUCUGUCACAAUGUGCGCCUCCGACUUGUUACUCCAGGGCGCUGAGCCUGAGUAAAGAAGUGAUGACCCUGCUGGAUAAGAUCCACACUUACCAUCGCACGAAAACGUGUGCUGAGGUCCUGCCGGUCAUUUUCCUUGAUGUUCAUAACUCCUGCAUAACAACCAAACUUCGUGACUUCCUCUACGUGCUCGUCAACCAUCCUAGCCAGUACUGUAGAGAGCGACCCAGGAUUGUGCUGCUGAAAACAAAAAUCCAGAACUUCUACGCCAUCAUCACAAGAAUUUGCUAUCGAGUGAGUGCAUCUCAAAUCACCGGUCAAUUCUUUUUGCAGCUUAAACGUGACCUCGGGUCUUUAAUGCUUUGGCAGGACUUGGUGUUUUUCACAGACGACUGCGAGGCCAUCGACACUGGACACAGCAGGCCUCACUAUGCAGAGGACCGACUUCAACUCCUGCAGGAGGAGAGAUAAGCAACACAAGGAGUAGCCUUUUAGAGCAGCAAUUAGCAGUCUAAUGUAAUAGCAUGAAUAUAGUAUACUUAAACACCACACCCUGCAGUGUAGUUAGUCAUAAGCACCAAAACAUUCUGUGCUGACUCGUGCACACUCGUGUUUAGUGGACAUGCAUGGUUACAUUCCUGCAAGAACGACAGAACUUUCCACAGGAAAUUUGCUGAAUGCCAACCGUGCCGACGCUAACCUUGAAAUAAUAAACCAGUAAGAAUUGCUCGUGAGUGGGCCUUAGCCUCUGUUUACUUACCAAGGCUGAUCAAAGUUUUGUAUGUCAUUAAGUGAAAUAGGCUGUUUCCAUAACCCUUGCGCUCACUAAACUUGUUUUGAAGGACAUACUGUAUAUGUGCAGCAUUUAUAUGAGGAAAGCUGUUACUACCUUUCCUUUCACAAUAAACCAAGCACUAUAUUUCAUUAAAAU